CAAAGCUUGAUUGAGAGCUCAAAUCACCACUGAAGGUUCAGGCAGUACGGUGCGUCCGAUUUAUACAUUUAUCAAAUUUGUGUUUGGAUCGCAGCUUAAAAACAAGUGUGAAAAGGUGCGGGAAAUCAAGCAAAGGCAGGCAUGAGCAUUGCACGUUUUGCUCUUGAAAUGCAUCAGUUCCGCUGGGUUGCCUCGUGACUGAAAGGAGGACCGCGCGAAGGAGACAGCGGAUGAUUCGGACCCCUGUCACCUCCCCCUCCGCUCCUCUGAAGCGCCUAUGUACGGCUGGAUCAGGAGGACAGCUGCACGGGGAGGCGCUGAAAUGAGAUGAGGCUCAGACAUGGAACUGUUGCCACUGCGAUCAUUUUCUUUACCUCGUUUCUCAGUUUAUCUUGGUACACGGCUUGGCAAAAUGGAAAAGAAAAGUUGGUAGCUUACCAGAGGGAGUUUCAUGCCCUGAGGGAGCGACUCCGUGUGGCUGAACACCGAACCCUCCAGCGCUCAUCUGAGCUCAACACCAUCCUCGAACAGUUCAGACGUGCCAUCGCAGAGACCAACGGCAGCAAAGAUGCUCUCUCCAACUUCUCAGAUGAGACACAGAAGUUAUUGAAGGAGUUGGCUCACAGGAAGCCCCUCCAGGUGCCAAAUAUUUUCCACCAUCUGCCUCACCUGCUCAACAAUGAAGGCAGCCUGCAUCCCGCUGUACAGGCGGGCCAGGGGCGUACUGGAGUUUCCAUGGUGAUGGGCAUCCCAACAGUGAAGCGGAAAGUGAAGUCGUACCUGUCAGAAACUCUUCAUUCGCUCAUCGAUAAACUCUCAGCGGAAGAGAAACUUGACUGUGUCAUCAUAGUGUUUGUUGGAGAGACAGACAUUGAGUACGUAAACAGUGUGGUUGCAGCCCUUGAGAAAGAGUUUUACACAGAACUGAAUUCUGGGUUGUUGGAGGUUAUAUCUCCCCCUGUCAGCUACUAUCCAGACCUCAACAACUUGAAAGAGACUUUCGGCGACUCAAAGGAGAGGGUGAAAUGGCGGACCAAGCAGAACUUGGACUAUUCCUUUCUAAUGAUGUAUGCCGUCAACAAAGGGAUCUUUUAUGUGCAGUUAGAGGACGAUAUCGUUGCCAAGCCCAACUAUUUUGCCACAAUGAAAAACUUCGCCCUACAACUCGCCAGUGAGGACUGGAUGAUUCUUGAGUUCUCACAGCUGGGCUUCAUUGGAAAGAUGUUCCAAGCCCCAGAUCUAAAUCUCAUAGUGGAGUUUAUCUUCAUGUUUUACAAAGAGAAGCCCAUUGAUUGGCUGCUGGAUCACAUACUAUGGGUCAAAGUUUGCAACCCUGAGAAAGACGCUAAACACUGUGAGAGGCAGAAGUCUAGUCUGCGCAUUCGUUUCAGGCCCUCUUUAUUCCAGCACGUUGGUUUGCAUUCCUCCCUGGCUGGGAAAAUCCAGAAGCUCACGGAUAAAGACUUCCUGAAACCUCUACUGCAUAAGAUUCACGUGAACCCGCCGGCUGAAGUUUCCACCUCUCUUAAAGUGUAUCAAGGCCACACGCUUGAGAAGACCUACAUGGGCGAGGACUUCUUCUGGGCCAUCAAUCCAAUGGCUGGAGACUACGUUCUGUUUAAGUUUGAUCGACCGGUCAACAUAGAAAGGUUCCUUUUUCGCAGUGGAAACCAGGAGCACCCUGGAGACAAAAUCGAGAACACUACCGUCGAGAUCCUGCCCGUCACGGACACUGAAUUGAAGACCAAAGAGAAAUACAAACGAACAGAGGACCGCUUCUAUAAAAUCGCUGAAUUUGAGAAGGGAGUGGCAGAGGGGACGGUUGACCCUGCUUUCAACCCUGUGGUGGCUGUACGUCUGUCUGUCCAGAAGGACUCUGCUGUGUGGGCUAUUAUUAGUGAGAUUCACAUCAAGAGGAUACCUGGGUAACUACAAGGGUUGGGCGAUGGAUGAUGACAUGAUGACAAGUGAGGCACAUACAAUGCGAGCUGCACAGACACGCCUCGUCUUUAUACAACGCGGGCUGCACAGUAUGGAAAGCCGUUUGGGUGGGUGUUUGGUUAAUGGUGAAAUUUGACCUUAACGGCUUUCCAUAGCACAGACACGCGUCAUUUUUAUACAAUGCGGGCUGCGCAGACACGCGUCUUCUUUACACAACACGUGCUGCGCAAACUGCGCGUCCUCUUUAUACAGCACGAGCUUUACAGUUAUAAAGUCAGGCCAGUCUGUACAGCGCGAGCUUAUAUGCCCCUUAGCCUUGUUCAUAUUUGUUUACAAAGUGAUUUGCAGCACAGAGCAGCGAGUCAAGUGACGAAAGUGAAACAUUUGUUGGAAUCACGAUGCCGGCUCACCAUUGUGAUGUCUGUCAGCCAUCAGCGACGGACGAUGGCAUCGUCUAUCGGCCCAACCCUAGUAACUACCAACAUGUCUCCCCGCUAGCUGAGGCCGUGAUUGGUCUCCUGAGAUGGGAUGUGCUGCCUGACACACCCUUCUGCUGCAGUUUUAAAGAGAAAGUGACAUUAUGGGAUCUUUAUAUUGAUGAAGGAGGCAGUCACAGUUUCCUUUGAAAGGACUUGAUUUAUCUUCACCCCUCCAACUUCACUGUUUCAUCUUUCUCUGAUAACUUCGUUAUUCUUUUUGACUUUGUCCACAUCUUCUCACUUAGAUUCAUUGUUCUACUCUGAAUUCUGUUGUGUAAACGUGACUACUACUGUACAGAAAACAACACUUUUCGACAGACCGUUUCCAGACAUUGGGUUUGUGUCACAAAGAAUUGCAAUCAUUGCUGUCAUGAAGGAUUCUAGGCUGCACCAAUGCUGGAGAAAGCAUAUGUCCUACUGGUGAAGAUGUUCUCAGCACUCGUGGACCAUAACUGACCUCAAACCCAUGGUCAGAUAACCACGGCUGGAUUGGUGAAAAAGGUGAAGACAUUGUGAAAAAGUGGGACAGCAGAAAUGUCAACGUUUUUGCUUCUGAGAAGUUUUUUUGUGUUUAGGUUUUAGAUUGUUGAUAUUUGGCACUCUGUUGAAAUGUGUAGAAAACCAUUUUAUUUUAUUAACUGAUUUGCCAAAAUUUCUAAACAAAUUUCUAAAAAAACAGGCAGCGUAUCUUACGACCUCUACCUGGUCAACAAAAGUGUCUUUUCUUCCUUUGAGUCAGUUUCUCGUCAAGUAGUCAAACAUGACUUUCAAUCUGAAGGUUUAUAUAUAGAUAUUUUUAUUGUUAUUAUUGUCAUGACGAUCUAUGAAGGUGAAUUAAUUUAUUUGAGAUAAAUCUUUCAUUUUUACAAGAGGUAAAUCCUUUUUUUUAUAAUCAUUGGAAAUUUAUGACGUGGCAGAGAAUUUAUUGCUUUUGAGUGAUUGUGGCUCAAAGUCGAGUGAAGAUUCAUGUUUGUUCCUAUCUUUGUAUAAUCCUGAAGGGUGCAGGGCCGCCCACCUCUGUGCCUUAACAUCUAGCGUUCCCAUGGGACCUGGAAAAGGACUGUCUUGCGCUGUUGUCAAAUUGCUUAAAAAUGCAAUAGAACUUCUGUCAUGUGCUUGAUUUGACUGAUACGUUGUAUUUUAGAGCAUGGCGUGUCCAUAUUCAUGUUAUCGAAUACAUCAUGUUACCUUUUGUCUAUUGGGCAUUUUUUCUUUCAAAUAUCAUCUUGUCAGUCAGAAAGGCAUUCUUUUCUUUGGCCGUAUUUAAUGCUGUAUCACCUACCUGUAGAUGAGUGUCUGUAGAACGUUUAGAGAGUGAUAUGACCAGGCCCAGACAAAAGCUGCGCUGAUUUGGGGGUAUCUAUGGGAUUCUGUGAAAUGUGUUUGGGAAAAUGAAUUCAGUUGAAGUACUUUGCUCCUAUUGGGACGCUGAGCUGAAAGCACCAUUCAUUCGAGCUUGCCAAAAUAUUUAAUAAAUAAACAUGGGCGUGUGUAGAACGUCAAGACUGACGGGCAUUUCCAGUUAUGCAGAAAUCUGGAAAUGCCCGUUAAGUUCUGUGGUCGCAACUGUUCCCGGUCAUGAGCAAAUUAAUACCAGAACCAUAGAUUUAUAAUGGUGAUGAAUGAAGAAACACUUCAGUGAAUUACUUCUUGCAAUAUUAUGUGUUCUGCUUGGUCACUAUGAUUGGAUGUGGAUGGUUUUUUAUUUGGUAAACCUAUGGUUCUAAUUUAUUUUGCUUUUAUGUGCUGGCUUUGAGAGUUGAUGGUGAGGUAACUACUGUACAAAUUUUCCAAAGUGCUCUCAUCUCAUGUGAUUGUAUAUAUCUUUAAGAUGAUAGAUUAUAAUGAAGUUCAGCCUGUGAAAAUGUCUCAUUGUCUAACCCUUUAUGUUUCAAGCAGAGCGUUAGUUACCCGCUCCCACAUUUUUGUAACUACUUGAGGCUGGAUGUGAAUUGCAGAACUUGACCGGUUUAUGUUGUUGACCAGUUAACAAGCCAAUGUACUGUCAUACACGUUUGUUUACAAUUUGUUUAUGAUCUCUCCUGAGUGGUGGGACUAAAAUGUUUCCUUUAAGUGUAGAGUGCACUGUAUCGUUCUUGUUUGCAUCUUGGGGGAAUGAAAGAAAGAAGAAAGUGUUGCCUUUUAGUCAGAUUUGUGCUCAAUGAUUAAUGUUCAUGACUUGUUUCCACGCCUGUGGUGGAUUGUUGUCUAUAAUGAUCUCUACUCGCUCACGUGGCAGGUUUCCAGACUCAUGUGGUUUAAUCUGGGAUCCGCAUGUAUCCAUCUUUAAAUCCACCCUUCAAAAUUGCUUUGAGAUGAAUCGGACAUAAAACGUUUCCCUCCUUGUGAGGUGCAUUCUGGACUUUCAUGUGCCUUCAUCUGUCUUGCUCCUGCUCUGAAAUUGAUUUGAAUAAACUGUUCUGUAAUAAACCAGUCUUAAAACCA